AUGUUGAUCGGUAACAAAUAUUUCCUGCUGAUCAUCGACAACUAUAGUAGGUUCAUGUGGGUGGAGAUGCUUUGCAUGAAGGAUCAAGCUUUCAAGUUCUUCUGCAAGAUCAAAGCCCUCGCGGAGAACGAGUCUGGACUGAGGAUGAAGGUGUUCCACACUGAUCAUGGAGGCAAAUUCAACUCAGUCGAGUUCGCAGAUUGGUGCGAUGAACAUGCCGUCAAACAGUGUACCACAACUCCAUACUCUCCUCAGUGGAAUGAGGUGGUCGAGCACCGGAAUAAGACCAUCAUCAAAAUGGCGCACGAGCUACUCAAAACCAUGGCGUUGCUGGUGAGGUUUUGGGCUAAGGCGAUCAAGACAGCGAAGUUGGGGUCUGGCAUCACCAAGCUCUCCGGUCGAUCGACUCUCGGUGUGUUCAUCGGCUAUGAAGACGGUGCGAAGGCAUAUCGAGUCUACGAUCUGGAGGACAAGACGUGGGAGUGGGGUGCGCCAGCAUCACAGCAGGGCUACGGUGGCCAUGAAGCUUCACCGUCGAAUAUGCUGCUGAACAAGGGAACUUCGGCGUUCCAGUCCGAUGAACCUAUCAGUGUUGAUCAGGCACUUAAGGAGCCAAGCUGGAGGCACGUGAUGGAGGAAGGGAUGAAAGCCAUCGUCAACAAUGAGACGUGGGACCCAGCUGUUCUUUCGGUUGGGCACCACGCCAUUGUCUUGAAAUGGGUUUUCAAGGUGAAGAGAGAUGUUCAUGGGAAUGUCGUCAGGCACAAGGCCUGUUAG